CGCUUUCUUAUAAUUGAUUCAAAUCGACCUAAUUUCCUGAAACGAUGUCAACUCAUAUUAUUUAAACAAAAUUUAGGUUUCUUCUCUUAAUAAGUUACAGUUUUUUUUUUAAUUUCUUGUUAGUAUUGAUUAGAAGAUAUUAGUAUAUUCUUUUGUUUCAUACAACAAACAUACUUUACUUGUACACUAGGGAAAGGAAUAUAAUUCCUUGUCCAAUAAUGCAUAAAGCAUGAAAACAACACUAUAUGAAAGAUUGCAUGUUCUCCCAAUACUCCAAACCUAUUUGCUUCCCACAUAAUUAAUACCCCAAAACAAUUAAACAAAAUUUAAUUUAUAAGCCCCUCCAAAUUCCAAUCCAUGGACCAUGUUUUAAAUCAUCUUCAAGAUGGCUACCAUUGUUGCAUUUGCAUCUCCUUUUCCUCCACCUUGUACCUCCAAACUCUCCCACGUAGCUCCCAAUGUUCCUCUCGGGUGCCAAAAGACCCAUAUCCCCUUCCACAAAACCAACUCUUCUAGCCCCACCCGAAACCUUUCUUCCUCCUUCGAAAGAUCACGGAUUCGUGUCAAAAUCUUCUCCUUGUCAUCAUCAUCCAAAGACGAUAACAAUAACAGUGGCACCGGCAGCAACAACAACAAAAGCGUUAACGACGAUGUUGAUGGCCAUAUGAAUUCCGAUGUUUCCAGUGGCGAUGAGUUCGAUCUCUUCGAAAAACAACAAGCCAUCCAUGGCUUCUUCAAGCACUUGAUGACGAGUUUGGGAGACAAUGUUGAGUUUGUGGUGAAACCCACUUUGCGACAUGGAAUCAAUGUUGGCUUCACCUGGAAAUUUCAAUGGAGCAAGACACAUUUUCCUCUUGGAGAAGGUUUAAACCUCUACAUUCUCCAAACCUACCAGGGGAAGUUUUUUAUAAGGAACCUUGAGAUGCUUGUGGAAGUACUACCCCUUAACAUCGAGCCAAUAAGAUUGAGAUUUGUGGCAUUCGUGAUGGGUAUACUCAACAUGAUGAAAGGUUUAAACCUUUAUCGAUACAACAUGAAACGAGCCAUGGUGUAUUUGCUUUUGAUGGCGAUUAUCUUAUUGUUUUUAAGUUCAGAGAUUUACUAAAUGGUAUGUAUCAACUACAACACUUAGAUUGAAGAUAAGGUUGACAUUCCAAUGCAAAAUUCAUGUUUGUUUAUACUAGGUAUGUAAGUGGCAAGUUACCGCAUGUAUACUAUUGCAAUAUAAUACAGUCGUAGAACGUUCAUACGAGUAAAUAAGAUUUAUUCUUAGUUUAACUUGUAUCCUUAUGUUGUCGGACAUAUAUGAUCUUGG